AUGGACCGAAAUGAAGGAAUUAUCAGGUGGUCACCCAACCUCUCCCUUGACGAGUUCAUGGUCUUCAAUCUCAACAACAGGGUUAUUCAACUUUAUGAAGCUACUGGCCUUGCUCAGCCUGGCCACUUUGACUAUGAGAAAGUGUCUAAGCAUACGGAAUUUCCAGCUAUCAACACCUACGACUGGUCUCCAGUAAACCGAGGACUUGUGGCGGUUGGGACUGGCCAGGGAGAGGUACAUCUCUUGAGGGUGGACGAUAACUCGAAUGCCUCUCUUACGCUCCCUCUCAAAUUGCAACGGCCUUGCCAGUCUGUGACCUUCAACACCACUGGACUACUUGCCGUUGGCCUUGACCGAGUACGCAAUGAUUCGUGCUUGCAAAUUUGGGAUAUCAACCGGCGUCUAGCAGGCUUGGAUCCGAAUAAGAAAGGGUGGAACGUCCCAACCAUGAACCUAGAGCCGGGGAAGAAGCUUGAAGCUAGUGUUUCCAUAACUGCGAUCCGUUUUUUUGAAGACCAGCCACAAACUCUUGUCGUUGGAGUCAAGAACCAGAGUGUCCGGAUUCAUGACCUCAGAGACCCAAGCUCGAGUGUAAUCAACUUUCAAACCCGGUGUUGUAACAACAUCGCUAUUGACUACACCGACACCAACUAUUUUGCCUCGUCUACUCUUGAUCAGCCAGGGCUCGUCGUUUGGGAUCGUCGUGCUUCGAGCCGGUCUGCUGCUUCCACCGUGUAUCUAGAGUCAUUCGAUCAAGAAGAAGUCCCUUGGGGUGCAGCUCUUAAACUUGAUCGUGCGAUCGAUGUUGAGAAAAGCACCUACAUCAAGCAACUACGAUAUUCUCGGGAAGAACGCGGCGCUCUUGGAGUUCUUUCAAGUGCUGGCCAACUUCAGGUAUUUCAGACAAAAAGAGAGUUUAUUGAUCCGGGUUCCUCGGAUGAUCUCCAUAUAAGUCCAGAGCUGCUAGAGGCCAAGAGUUCGUUUGACCUUGAGUAUGCGUUCUUUGAUCCAGGUCAUAAGAGAAAGUACGAGCAUCGAAUCGUGUCUUUCGAUUGGCUCAAUCUUGGAACAUCGGACCUUCAAACUCGUGUUGUUGCUCUAAGGGCGAAUGGAGACUUCGAAAUUCUUCAGAUGCCCAUGGAGUCUACCAACCAGCUUUCACAAUUGGUUCCUUGGAAGCCACCGCAUCGCCUCGAAGACCCUUACAUAACUCUGAUGACCUUCGAAGACGCUUCGGAGGGAGUGAAAAUACGUGGGCCGUUGUUCGCAGCCGCUACAAAACUGAAUGUUGCGGUUUUUGGGCCUGCGAAAUUCCAUUCCCCGAGAAGCCAAACUCUCUUGAACGCCGCGAUCAAGAAGUCAUUGCGGUCCUCAGAAAACCCUAUAGUUGACCUUGCUUCCUCCAUAGAUUUGGAAUUGAGCCAGAGCCAUUUUUUGAGCAACGCCAGCAUAUCAACGUCGCAAUUGUCAACCUCCACUCAGCUAUACACCAACAGAGAGGUGCAUGAUCAAUUGCAUUACUCAACGCUUGGUCUCACUCGAUCAAAGAAGCCUAGAAGCGGGCUCCUUGACCAUAUUAUGUUACGUCGGGCACUCGAUGGCUAUCUAUUCGACUGCAAAAUCAACAAAAGGAUAGCUACUGAUGAUCAAUGGCUACAAGAUACUUGGGAAUGGAUUCAAGGCGCCCAUGAAGCAGCACAAGAUGAUACAAUGGUCUGUAGGCCUCUCGACCUCAGCUACAUGGGCGUUUAUACGAUAUGGAUGAAUGUGCUUGGGGAGAAGGCACACUCCCGGUUAAUUGAUAGCACUGUGAUUCCCGACACAUCUCAAUGGGAACGUCUCAUUGGAAAUAUCAAUAAGCAAGCCAGUCGACCCCAUUUCCAAGGUGUCGUCACUGCAAGGCCGCAUCACAGGCAGCUAUGCCUUGCAAUUUGUGGUCUUAGCAAAACGGUUGAUGAGCUUGACAGCGAUCUUGACGUUUUGGAAGAGCAAAAGAAAUACACAACUGCGGCUGCCUGGGCUCUAUUCGAAGGAAUCCCCAAACGUGCAGUAGAAAUUUUGAAGCGGGGUGGAACAGAUCUAUUAUUCGUUGCUAUGGCACUGGAUAUCAAGCUUCAAAGUACUGCUUCUCUGGAACUUGAUCAAGUUGAAUGGGGGAAAGCUCUUGGAAAUCAUCCUGAAAUGGCCGAAGAUCCAUAUUUACGCGCAAUUUAUGGCUAUAUCACGACGGGCGAUUGGGCAGUCAUUGCUGAUGAAGCAGGACUUCCACUCCGUGAUCGUGUUGGAGUUGCACUGCGACAUUUUGACGAUGACAAACUCACGGACUGGCUCUCGAUCCAAAUGGAAGAAGCAUCUCGGAAUGGCGACAUUGAGGGAGUCGUCUUGGCUGGCAUCACCGACAACAUGGUAGAUAUUCUGGCAAAGCGUAUUGAGAAGUUCGGGGACUACCAGACGCCAAUCCUCAUCAUGUCAUUCUGCUACCCUCGUUAUAUCAACGAUAUUCGUUGCGAUGCCUGGCGUGAAGCCUACAAGGACUUUCUCCAACGACACAAGAAGUACAUUUUCAGAGUCAAGUUUGAGCAACAAUCAACAAUCAAGAGUCGACUGCGAGACGGCCUUCCAGUGAUCAAACCGCCACCGCGACAGGUAACCAUCCGCUGCCUCAACUGUGAUGCCAAUGCCGCCAACGAUCUCGGAAACUCUGGUGCAGGUUCAACCUCUGGUUCCUUCCCUGGUUCAACGACGGUUGAUCCUCGGAACCCCCUCGCUGCCACUGGCAUUAAUGCUGGUCUCUGCUGUCCUCGAUGCGGCUCUCAUCUAUCUCGCUGUGCUGUGUGCAUGGAGAUCGUUGGCGUUCCUCGCUCUAAUCGCCCUGAGCAGUCUAUCAACGCCGAAGUUCGUCGAAUGGCUAACUUCCCAACCUUCUGUCUGAAAUGCAAACAUGUUAUGCAUAUGGACCACUCGGUGGAUUGGUUCAGACGCCAUAAUGAGUGUCCGGUCCCGGAAUGCAGGUGUCAGUGCAAUGCAAAUGCAAGCCGGCAGACCAAAAGCGUUUGA